UAAAAGACUCUUUUUUUCCUUAUCUUUCGGCGCCUGGGGAAUUGUGGCUGGGCAGUUGGAGAAAGACAUGUGUUGAACCAUCUGACAUCUCUCCUUGCUGCAGGGAAUUAGGGUUGCGGUGGGGCCGGGAUGGUGAAGGGGGGGUGUGUGACUCCGAGUGUAGCUUGGGCUGUAGUAAAAUAAGCCAGCCAGGAACUGGGACUCAUUAGUCCCCUACUAUAGAGUGUGAUUUAAUUAGGGCUAGCUGAUGAGCUGGAAACUAAAGUGCUACCUCUGUAGCGGAGGAUUGUAGUUUCAAAAUGAGACCCGGGAGUCUGGAGAGCUGAAAAAGAAUUCAAUUGUGGUUCUUAUUUCACCUGGAGAACAGCUAACCUAACCAGGUGGCCAGCGCAGGCACUGGGAAAGGGUGAUGCCUUUGGAUAGCCUCCUUCUCUAAAGGAAGGGAGUGCAGGGGGCGAACUGACCUUUAAUCUCGCAAAAGGAUUAAAAAGAAACUUGGGGGUGUGGUAGUCUUGUCUGUGUGUGUGUGUGUGUGUGUGUGUGUGUGUGUAGGGGAAGAAAUAAGUGAGUGGUCAUAAAUCAAACCACUGCUAGGUUGAAAGCAAGACGCAGAAGGGGGGGGCUGUGGCUAAGCCACAUUAACACCCCCACCCUUCCAGCCACAGAUCUUUGCCUCAAUUUCUUGGGAUAUUUUUCCUGGCAUCUUAAAACUUUCAAUGCAACCACCUUCCAGCUCUCUUUCUCCCUCCGCCCCACUGUUUUGAGGUUCUCCUCUUGAAUAACCUAGUUCUUGGAGGACCCCUGAUAUAAAAUGCCCUCUUGUUCCUUCUAGAUCUUUUCUUCUGUGGUUCCCUAGAUUUUUCUCCUGGUCCACCAAUCCUCCCCUUGAAAUCCCAAUAUGGGUUUUUUAGCCCAGUAUCCCAUUAGAUCUCCUUCUUUCUGUAAGGACCCCAAAAAGCAUUCUUCUAACUCAUUCUCCGCUUCCUGCUUGCUAGGUCUAGAUUUAUCCUUUUCUAGAUAAAUACAAAAUAUGGACCCUUUCCCCACACAGAUGUAGUUUCUCUGCUCCAUCAGAGUUAGGCAAUCCCACCAGAUCCCACCCCUGCCCAGUGCCCAACUGUUUCCUUAAUCCCAGCUGUGCACAAGCAUUUCCAAAGGAUUUGUGUUAAUUUUUUGAAGGAAAUUCCGUCAUUGUCCUCUGGGGCUAGUAACCAUAUCUGUCAUCCGCAGACAGAGAGGGGAAGGAUGGAAGGGAAAGGAAUAGAUAUAUUUUCCCAAGAGACUUUUUAGAAUAAGCCCGCCUGGGAUCAUGCCAAGAUCAUGUCAGAUCCAGUGGUUCUGAUUCUCAGCUGUUCCCCGCCUCACGUUUUUGCAUGCCCUCUUGAUGUGUUUUUGUGGUAGACAGCCAACGUGCCAUCCCUGAAAGCUGGGAUUCUGCUGAAAAGCAUUUAAAAAAAAAAAAAAAAAACCCACACCAAAUGGAAGUGUCUCGUCUACAAGCUACACAAAAACCCUCUCUGCAGGCAGCCCUCAAGUGGUCAUUGGGAGCUUCAAGCAAAAAGACUUGAAGGCAAAAUAGACUUAUUUGAUAAAAGUUUGUUUGGUCUGAUGAAUAACUAAGGCUGGGGUUUCUCAACCUUGACAUCUUGAAAAUGUGUGGAUUUUCAACUCCCAGAACUCCCUAGGCAGCUACCCUAAUUCCCCAGGCAGAUUGCCAUAAAUUAGAAACACUGGUUUAAAGGCAGUUCAUUCUCAAAGGUUACUUUGUCUAUCCGGUGAUAUGUGAAUGUCAUGCUUCCCACAAAUACAUGCAUAUGGCUUUCUCAAGAUAGUUCCUUCACCUCAUGCCUACUGCUUUGUCUCAAUGCAGUUCAUUCAUUCUCAUUUUUAAAAAGUAAGAAGCCUUCCCUACCCCUUGGGAUAUUUUGGUUUAAACUUCAUCUGAGAAGAGGAACACAUUCCUGGCUCUGCCUCUUUUUCCCUCUUUGCUCUUUCCAUUUGUAAGCUGCAGCAGGUUUAAGCUCAUCAUAAGUGGGCAGUUAUGCCACUUUGUGGCCAAUUAUCUCUUAAAAUAAUAAUCAAGGACUCUGGGAUUAAAAGGAUUGCAUUUAAGAGCCUACUUCCAAAUUGGAAUCAUCAUGGAAUAAAUUGUCCCUGUAGCAUAUAUUUCAGCAGAAAUCAAGCAAGCUCUGAUCUCUUUUUCGGCUUGCAUAGAAAACUAUUUGACAGUCCUCUUAGAGUCCUCCACUUAUGACCAGAAUUGGGACCAGAAAUUCCAUUGCUAAGCAAAGUAUCAAGUCAAAUAAGUUUAUUACAGUCAAAGACAAGCGACCAGAACAAGUUAAGAACGCUCCAGGAAUAUCCAGUUAAAAAUUAUAGAAUAAAAUAAUAACAGAUAAAAAUCUAUAUUAUAAUCACAAUUUUGCAUCCAUUCACAGCAAAACUGUACUAUAAUAUAGUAUACUACAAUAUCAAUCCUGAAAUCUGUGACGCCCAUAAUCAUUAAAUAUUAAAAUGCAAAAUAGUAGUAAUGCAAAAGGGUUUGCUGCAUUAAUUGUGUAAAAUAGGUAUGUUUCCGACGAAUCCCCAGUGCUGCUGUGCAGAAUCUAGCCCCCUGCGCUGCAAUAACAGUCUGUUCGUUCCUUAAGCAGCCACUGGAGGUAAGUAAUACUGGAACGGCCAGGAUACCUAUCGAUUAUUGGGAAUAUCUCUAUAAAAAGAUCAUCGAAGGAGAAUGUGUUCAAUGGUCUCCAUUUCUCCUGAGCCACAGGAACAGAGUCUUUUAGUCAAUGGUGUCUUUUUAUACUUGCCGUGCAGGACGGCCGAUGGAAGCACAUGGCAGGCACCGUGCAAGCAAAAAUGCUUUCCGGUGGUUCACGGUCUCCAACUGGUGGUUGUUAAAUGAGGCACACUGAUUUUAUGACCUUUUUUGCUGUGGUUGUUAAAUGAAUUAUUGUAGUUGUUAAGUGAAUCAUGUCAUUAAGCAAAUCCAGCUUCCUCCAUCCCCCCGCAAUUGAUUUUGUUCAUCGGAAGCCACCUCGGAAGGUUACAAGUGACAAUCACAUGAUCCCAGGAUUCUGCCAGUUGUCAAGCGCCCAGAUUUUGAUCACGUGACUGUGGGGAUGCUGCAACAGUCAUGCCCAUCCUCAAGCAAUCUCCAGUUUCUCAUUCCAAGAAGAGGCCCCGUCUGGAUCGAGCCAUGAUUAGCGCCCCUUUGGGGGAUUUUCGACAUACGAUGCACAUUGGCCGUGGGGGCGAUGCUUUUGGAGACACAUCGUUCCUUAGCAACCAUGGGGCUGCCAAGACCAAUGGGUUGCCUCAUGAUAUAGCAGUGUCUCCUGGGUCUCUAGGUUCUCCUGGAGAUGUUUCUGGUUGCUUUGAAUUGCUCUCUCCCCCUGGGAGCGGGAAUGGAGUAGUCCAGAGUCCAACAACAUCAACCCCUGAUGGCAGCUUUGUGGUACUGCAGAGCCCAGAGAAGGCUGACUGGAAGCCCCCCAAUGGAAAAGAUUGGGACCUGCAACACAAGUUCUCCCUGGAGAGUCCCACACUGGACCAUGCUGAAUCCCUUCUCUCUUUCCAGCUGGACUUGGGCCCUUCCAUCUUGGAGGAUGUGCUGGGAGUGAUGGAUAAAGAUUGGGACAAUAUUAAAGGGCAGGAUCAGGAAGUAUUGAGGGAUGAGAGCUCAAGCCCAUUGGAAUGCUCCCAGCAGGAAGAUGAAAAAGAAGAAGAGGAGGAGGCGGAGGAGGAAGAGGAGGAAGAAGAGGAGGGACAGGGCUACAGUUUUGAAGAUGAACAAGAUGAAGAGAUUGGGUUAUAGGAGGAGGAACAUCUUGGUUUUGCUCUUUCUUUUCCCCAUCCUAAAAUUUCUGCCAGUCCACUCUUGCAGAGUCUUUCAACCUCUACUGCAGUAUUCAGCAACUGGCAGCCUUUUGGCCAAAUAUGGCCAGCAAAUGACUAUUAGCUAAUCCACCAUUUUAUCCCUGCUUCUUCCCAUAGAGAAGCCUUUUUUACCUUCAGAUUUCUUAUUGUAGUGUUCAAACAGGAAAACGCCAAUCAGAAUCCUAUGGCACAUUCCAUGAUGCUACUUCUGAAAAAUAAGUUCCAGAAGGUGCUUAAUAAUCCUUGUUCUUUCCCCAUCUUCUUGUAUUCCUUCCAAGUCCUGGGACAGUGCAGCUUUUUUGUACUGGAAAAAUACGUCUUGGCUUCAGCCCAUCUCUCUAUCUGGAAUCAAAGUGACAUACCACUGAGCCUAUUACGAAACUCUCUGUCCAUCAUCUGCUCUUAUGUUUGUCAUUUUUUACUUAACCGUCUUGAAUUCCACCUCUCUAACCCCCACUGUUGGUUUCCCUCUAUGAAUUUGGAAUAUGCUUUGAGGAAAGGUCACCUAAGAGAACAGACUGAGAGAAUGUGAGGACACAGUCUUAACCGAGAGGCACAUGGUUGAAAAUACAGACUAAGAGAGAAUGAUACCAUUUUAGAAACUCUGUCUAAUGAUCUCCAACUAUGUGGCCAAUUUCUUGUACCAACUCGUAUGCUGUUGGAACAUUCAAAGCUAUGAAGUCCUUUUCUGUCCACCAGUCUCUUUUCAAUGGACGAACAGAACCUAUAGCUUCCAUUUCAGAAUUCAUUCAGUUGUUUUCCUCUCAAACCUGUGGAUCUGUAUAUCCAAGCAGUAUUGUGUAUCCAAGCAAUUGUGAGAUGUCUUCUUAAGAGAUGAUCUUGUGUUAAGAAAAGAACACGAUUAGAGGGAAGGCAGAAGAACUGACACAUUUUCUUGAAGUCAAUGAAAAGGAUGAAGAUCCUUUCAUGGCAUGAAGAAUGAAGAAAAGAUGUUUGGUUCGUAACAAGAAGAGAAGAGUUGAAUGGACUGCAAUUAGGCACGCACCUAGCUGCCUCUGACAAGGGACAGAAUUUUCUGCCAGUGGCCCACCUCAGUGUUUCUUGCACCCUGUAUAAAAGAAGCAUCUCUUUUUGUCAGUCCAGUCAUGCACAAAAAAGAACAAAGUUUUCAACGGAUAUGGUGGCUGGAACAAUUCUGUGUUAUUUUUCGCUCUCUUUUGGCUAGUUACUUUUUAAACAGAUUUAUUUAUGAAGGACAAAACUUGGAGUGCUCGUGUGGAAAAAAUAUGCAUCUUUUUUUUCUUCAUUAAAGCUGUGAUGGGUUUGGGUGGUAAGGCAGGGUUGCAUCCAUAGAUAGCAUCUCUAUCCAAUUUGAACUGGAUAACCUUUUAAAUCAGGUGCUUUUAAAUUAAUACAAUUCAGUGGGCUGGAAGCGGCAAUAACUGGAGAGGGAUUUAUACUGGCCAAUAUAUUUUUGAACAACACUUUUAUAAUCCCAGAUCCAUCAAAUUAAUAGCUUGUCUUUUUGCCCAUCAGAUAUUUCUUUUACAUUCUUUUUAAAGUGAUAUUCUGUUACAGCUAUCUUGGCUUCCCUAAACUGGCCUGUGGGAACAUUGUCAACUCAUUUUUGGAAGUUAAUGGUAAACAGUUGGGAAACAAAUCUGCCUGUUCUCUGUACAUAUGCAGAGAUGGUGGUACAGCUGUAGAUUUGUUUGUGCUAAAUAUAAGAAUGCUUAUAUAGAAAUAAUGCCUUCCCUUUGCUGUACCCCUUGGUUCUGCCCCAUAAACUUUAUUCAUCUUCCUGUUCCUAGUCUAGAUCUAGAUCAGCUCCUUAGGGCAGUCCUCCUCAAUCUUGGCAACUUUAAGAGGUAUGGACCAACUCCCAGAAUUCCCCAUCCAACAUCUUAAAAUAGCCAAUAGUUGGGAAAUGAUGUUUUAGGGAUUGCUUACAGGCGGAUCUAGUCUAUAUGUUUUUUUGAUUCCACCGUGUUUCUGCUUUUGGGUUCUUACUCCUGAUUCAUUUAUUGUAAUGGAAAAGGUAUAUAGAACUGUAAUGUAUAUGGCCUUACCUGAAGUAUUUUAUCUGCUACAAAAAAAGAAAAGUUGUUUUUACUGCCAGAAUGAGUGUUACCACCUCCUUCCUCUCUGCCUAAAUGGGACAAGAUUUAAAUAUGUCAGAAUUAAAGUAGAUAAGGGUGCUCAGUACAUUACUACAACUGACAUUGCUACAAAAUAAGGUAGUGAUGAGUGGACUUCAGCUCCCAGAAUUCCUCAGCCAACAUGGGAAUUGAAAUCCAGUUCUGGGAGUUGACUUCCACCAAUUUCAAAGCUGCCAAGGUUGAGAAACACUAAGAUAACCUGUGGCUCCCAGAAGCUCUGGAUGAAGCCAACGACCUUCUCCAGAAGUUGCUACUGAGUUGUAGUUUUUAAUAUAAGGAAGGAGGAAGAAAUAAUUAAUUUCACAGAGAGCAAUCAUGCAGCCUCUGUUUUGUUUAAAAUUCAAAGUCUUUGUCUGGCUUUGAGAGCACAUGCCAAUUAACCAGCCAGAUGCAUCCUUCUGAUCAUAAAGAGCUAAAUAUAUUUGCAGUAAAUGUCAGUUACUUACCCUUUAGUAGUCUAUGGAGAUUCUCAGUCAUCCAGGUCACAGUUGUCCCAAAGGUGCUUUUUCAAGAGGCAACUGGACUUUCUUUGUUCUUCCUUGAAGACAUUUUGCUUCUCAUCUUGGAUGUCUUCAAGGAAAAAGCACCUUUGGGAUUAAACCUCUAGUAGUAUAGCACCAGACAUCACUGUUUUUUUUUUGUUUUUUUUUUCAAACAAGACAGGCGAGUGAGGAUGGGGGAGUGGAAAAGACUAUUAAGUUGUGACCAUGUUUUUGCAUCACACAUCCUUUCUUAGAAAGCUGUCUUGGCUUUGUGGUGGUUUUCUAAUUUUGUUUUGCUGGAUCCCAUGUGCCAGCAAGCAAUUUCAAGACUGGAAGUGAAUAUAGUGCCCCUGUACCUGUGUUUCUUAGCUGAAGAAUAUAGGUUUGGGUAGGGGGUAUCAGAGAAGCUUAAGGAAAUGGGGGUUCUCCGUCAUUUGAGGUUUUCCAUGUGAGGUAUAAGAAGAGUUUUAAUGUAUGAGGACAGAUUGGUUUUCCAGGAAGUAAUGUACAGACAGUUUCAACAGAAGCUAGAGUCCCAUAAAUUAAUAUUGGUCAAUACUCAGAUUUAUUAUGGGUGGAGAUAUCUUUCAACUGCAGCCAACUACAAACAGAAGCUUAGCUGAAGAGUAUUUCAUCAGAUAAUCACAAUAUAUUACCAGUUAUUGCUCCAAAUAGUUAGUGCAUCAACUCUAAUUUAUGGCAGGAGACUGCUCUGGAAUUCUGGUUUUCAAUGGACUCCCUAAAAGUAACAAGAUGAUAGAAGUAUGAUGCUGUUUGGUGAAGAAGACAAAAUAAAAAUAUUGGGAUGACAAAGAGGUGAGAGGAGGGAUGGGGGGGAGUAAAGAUAUGGGUGUGUCUAUUUCAAAGUUACAAUUCCACUGUUUUAUUCUUCUUUACUAGGUGGUGACUUUACCUACCUAAUAUAAGCUACAGUUCCUAAAGCAGUAUGUCUGCAUUGUGAAUAUAAUCCAAAAGAGGAGGAGGUUUCUAAUUUACAUAAAAAGAAAUAAAAAUGUGUCUCAUGCAUCAGGCAGGUUGGGGUUAAAAGUGGGUUCUUGAGCGGUGAAGAGUACAGCAUUCAAAACUCUCCAACCUGUGAGCAUGACAGAUGUUGCAAUCCAAGCUAUAUGGAGGGCUCUGCCCCAAUGUAUAUUGCAAUCCCAAAUUGCCCCUCUACUAUCUCCAUGUUAAAAUAGGGGAAACGGGACACUCCCCCCCCCCAUGGUGGUGAGCGUGUUUUAUCUCUGGUAUGAUUUUAAAGCUGCUCCACUAAGGAGGUUUGGUUAUUGACUGCAAAUGAGAUUGGGGCUGGUCUCUGAUCUUCAGUUUUCCUUUGGGAGAAAAAAACCACCUGUUUGCUAUUCUCUACUAUUUGUAUGCAUUUCCAAAACUCUCGCCCUCCCGUCCAAGAUUUAAUCCUGAAACCUAUUUCUUAGAUCCCCACAGAUUUAGAUCUUUUAAUUUUUUUAUUUUUUAAAUAAUCCUUGCAACUGAUGUAGCAAGAUGGCUCUGUGUACAUUACAUUUAUUAUUUUGUAAUGGUUCAUUUUAUGGGAUUGCUAUGUAAGAGAACGUUUAUACAGCUCCCCCUCUUGAUGUGUUUAACUAUCAGCCUACUAUCAGACUAUUUGUACAGUGACCAAAAAGUGUUUGAUAUUUCUUGUAAUUAAAAGCAAAUUAGUUUCGGUU